UAAAAAAUUGUUGAGUGAACAAGUGUUUUUAUAUUCAAGUUUUUAGAAGACUUUUAUGUAUUGUUUUUAGUGUUGAUGUGCCUAUAUAUAUUUUUUUGGCAGGGUUGACAUAGUCAGAAGUAUUAUCAAAGUUCUAGUGGCAUCCAUUUACACUAUCACAAGUAUUGGUAGAGUUUAAGACUCCCAGAAAAGCUAUUCAAGGAUAUGGUUGGUAGAGACGGAGAUCGCGGUCGUGGUCGUGGCCGUGGCCGAGGCCGAAAGGGGAGGCCUAGGCUUUCUACUGGUCAGCCCCUUGACUUACAUGCGGAUCCAUACUCUCUCGUUGGGUCAUCAUCCGACACGACUGCUCCGACCAAUGGGAGACCGCCACCUAUUGCUACUACUACCCCCUCCCGUCAGGAGCCUCAGAUACACAUGAUGCCUACUCCGGGUGUGCCAAGAUCAUGCACUCAACAAGCCAAUGAACCUUCCAACACUGCCUCACAUGGUGUGCAGAGUGAUCCAGCUAUUGUAGCUCCCAGUCGAGCAGGAUCUUGUGGGGAAAGACAAACCACAUCUAAUAAUACCCAAGAUGCUCAGGGUCAAGGAACAUCCACUGCCACUGGUCACUCCAGCACAAGUGCUCCGAAGCUCAGAUAUGAUGGUGCCAAAUGUUGGCACCCACCUAAGCCUGGAUUGAAGCGUAUUUCUCAGGUUUUUAGGGAAAACUACAACAAGCCUUGGCUGAGUUUUGAUGAGGCAGAUGAUGAUACUCGAAAAAUAUGGUGGACUGAAUGGAGGAAAUGCUUUGAUAUUAUUGAUACGGAGGAGGAUGAUAUCUAUCAAGCUUGGAGGUUUAGGGCUGCCAAGCGCUUGCGAGGUAUGCUCCAUGCCAUUCGCAAAAAAGGUGCCCGUCCAUAUUGGAUCCCACCAGAAGUUCUUGGUGAAUUGAUGAGACGUUGGGACACUGAGGCCUAUAGACAAUUACAGGCGAGAAAUACAGCUGCCAGGAAAUCGACUCGAGGUACUUCCCUUCACACUGCAGGAGGCACCACCUUUCCAGAAGCGAGAUUACGCUUGGUAAGUUGCUUAUAG